UUUUUGUUUAUUUUUCUCUUUUACCAUUUUAUUCUUAUCUAUAAAAUUUGUUAAAUAUGGCAUUUGUGUCAUUUUGUAUUGAUCGCGGAAGGGAAUUUAUUGAACAGUACAAAUUACGUUCUACAAUUUAUUUUUUAAACGCGCGCCAGCAAGAAAACUACGUGGCAGCCCUGUUUUAUGGAGCAGAGAUGCCCUAUCUUUUUUACGAUUACCGGAAUCGCGAUUUAUUUACCUUCUGUUUAUUUACUAUUUUAACUGUCUAAACAAUAACAGUAUUAGCAUGUCGUGUAGGAUAUAAGCAUAAAAUGUCUAAAAUUUUGAUGAAUCAACUUACACACCCGCAGCGCGUCCGCCUGCUGUAUAAAACCAUUCUGCGCCUGCACAGAGGCUUGCCUGCGGAACUUCGUGCCCUGGGAGACAACUAUGUGCGCGACGAGUUCAGAAGACACCUCAAAUGUAAUCCUAUGGAGGCGCAGCUCUUUAUGACAGAGUGGGCCCGCUACGCUUCGACGAUAACUAAGCAACUAGGUCUUCGCGGCAAGCCCAAGGGGGAACUGGGCGAGCCUCUGGACACGAACGCUGUAGAAAUGCUCAAAGACGACCAGGUGGUGCAGCUCUACGAACUCAUGUUGGCGGCAAAGGGCCUGGAAGGCGAUACAAUCACGGCGGACGAUGUUCGUAGUAAAUAAAAGGCAUUCUUUAUUUGGUUUCUUUCUCCAUCA